AUGGACAAGUCUCCAGCUCGGAAAGGGGCAGGCGUGGCCAACGUCGUGCGGCAGACAUGGGACCGCGCACACUACGAGAAACUGGCCAAGCUUCGUGCGGAUGGCCAAGUAGAACACGAGGAGACCAAGAAUGUGAUUACGUCAUCGAAGGAGGAGUUCCAGACAGCAAGUGAAGGAGCGGCAGGACCUGCCGGGUCAGCCCGUGCAUUUCUAAAGGCUCGAAGUUCCAAGAUCUCGCUUGAGAAUAGUGUGGGUACAGUCAAAGUGGUCAAGUCGGACGACUUGAGCAAGAGCAGUGGAUACUAUUGCGAGGUCUGUGAGUGCAGUCUCAAGGACUCGGUGGCAUAUCUGGACCAUAUCAAUGGCAAAAAGCAUCUGCGAAAGCUUGGCUACAGCAUGAGAGUGGAGCGCUCGACGGUGGACCAGGUCAAGAGUCGACUUCAGAGUGCGUCGAAACGCAAAUGGGACCCGCUGAUGACCAAGAAGCUGGAUGCUAUGGAAGAUUACGAGAAGAAACUGAAAGCAGUCGAGGAAGAAGAAGCUCGAGUUAAGCGACGGAAAAACGAAGAGAAGAAAGCCAAGAAACUGGGAAAAACAGUGCCUCAGUCCGGCCCGGAUGACACGGACAAUGCCGAAAAGAAGGAAGUAGUGGAUGAAGUUCCUCACGCUGAAAUGCUGGCAAUAAUGGGCUUCAGCGGGUUUGGAGGCUCGAGCAAAUCGUAA